GUUUUCGCUAUAAAAAGUAUAUUUCUUGUUCAUUUUAAAUAUCAAUUUUAACCGAUGUCACUUUCAUCGUUUGUCAUUCCUAGAAACAGAAAAGUGCAAUUUGAACUAGAAAUUCUUAUAGAAGAAUUAGCAAAUGUACCAUUGGUAGCUGGUCUUUAUUAUAUAAAAUGGAAAUUGAAAAAUGGAAAAAAAACAAAUGGUAUAACUGAACGGGCUUUAAUUAAAUAUCAUUCUAUUGUCUGGCGUUAUAAGUUACAUAAUUCAGUACAGAUUGUUAUUGGCAAAGAUGGUGUUUUAGUGCCUUGUGAGCUAAGCAUAAAAGUAAAACAGGAAUUAAAUGGUGGAAAAGAAGUAAAUAAUAUUGGGAAGUUAUUAUUAAAUCUCUCAGAAUAUGUUGGAUUGAAUUCUAUGACUCGAAGAUAUUUGCUGCAGGAUAGCAAAAUCAAUUCCACUCUUAAAUUGACAAUUAAUAUGAAACAAACUUCUGAAAAUAUUGCUUUUAAAGUACCACCUCUCAAGAAAACGCAAAUGUUUGGAGGUAUUGCGGGAAUAAUAUCAGAACGUACUGAACGCCAAGAUGAUGAAAGAUCAAUUAAAUUCAGGCAAAAUUUCGGAAUACAUUAUAUGGCACGAUCUCGUUCAGCUACCUCUCUUAGGUCAGCAUAUUCACAAGCAUCUCAAAUAAGACCUACCACUUCAUCGUUAGUUGCGAAUUCUUUCCUUCGUAAAGUUGGCGACAAAUCACCUACAGAUGUCAUAGACGAAAUUUUUAUGGGAACAGCUGUUUUACGCAUAGAUGAUGUUAUAGAUGACAAUAAAUCCGACCAUAGCGCUUUCUUUUAAUUAGGAUAGCAAUCCUUUCUUCAAUAUGUGCAAUAUAUUAUAGAAUAGAAAUUUAAUUUUAAUUUUGUAUUAUAAUAACUUUAAGCAUUUUUUGAAAGAAUUCGGAUCAAUGUAAUUAUUAUCAUGUUCAUUUUCAUAGAGUCUACAUAUAAAUAAAUUAUUCAUCUAAAGAUUUUUAAAACUC